AUUGAAGUGAAGAAAAUAGUGAAACCUAAAAAUGGAUUGGAAUGAGAGCUCAAGACCCUUCAUUCCUCUUCCGGAAUCUUCCUUAAGCUUCUUCUACAACUAUAACAACAACCCUUCUUAUUCAGGAAUGGAAGUGAGUCAAGCAUCAUUGGGUGAUCAAACACAACAAAUGUUUCCAGCAAUGGAUGAAAUGAACAUUAAUGGAAAUAAUAACCGAGAGAAGAAGAAGAGAUUAACAAAUAACCAGAUUGAGUUACUAGAAAGGAGUUUCCAAGAGGAAAUAAAGUUAGACCCUGAAAGAAAGAUGAAGCUAUCAAGAGAGUUAGGGCUUCAACCUCGCCAAAUUGCUGUUUGGUUUCAAAAUAGGCGUACUAGGUGGAAGGCUAAGCAACUUGAGCAUUUGUAUGAUGAGCUUAAACAUGAAUUUGACGUCAUCUCUAAGGAAAAGCAGAUUCUUCAAGAAGAGGUUUUAAAGUUGAAAGGAAAGCUAAAAGAGCAAUGUAAUUUUAGGACACAAACACAAACAUUUGGUGGGUAUAAAGAAAUGUCAAAUGAAGAAACAGUUGAAAGUACAUCAGAAGGGAUGAAAUGUUCAAACAGACCACAAGGAAUUACAAGUAGCAAUAUUCAACAAGUUGCUGCAGCAGAAGGAUACAACAGUUCUUUCACUGUUGAAGAUUUUAACUCAGUUUCAAUGCCUCCUCAAUGGCCAGUGUUACCUUACUAUCCUUAAUACUAUGUAUUAAUAGGAUUUUUAAUGUUAGAAAUGAAGUAGUCUAUGAGUAGUGUGAUUUAACUCUGAGCUUAACUUAAUUUUAGUGUACUAGUAGUUAAUAGAUAUUAAUGGUUUGAGGACUGACAUUAGGAUCUAUCCAGAACUAUAGGGAUGGUAGAAGUUAUGAGUCAUAAUGCAGUGAUCUUGGGUAGGGUAAAACUUAACUACUAGUUGUUUUCAAUCCUUUUAAAUUAAAGUCUUAUGUACUGCUUUUUUGUUGGAUGAAAAGGAUAGUUGCACACUGUUUUUUCUUACA